AUGCGUAGACCGAUUCUUUUUUCUUUCCGCCGUGCCUCUGGCUGCGUCACUGCCCGCAUGUUGUAUCUUCGGUCCGCGUGUCUCCAGCAACUCCGUUUUGGGCACACGCUGCCACCAGGUUUGAACGACGCCGCCCGUAGCGCUGCUUUGGCAUCUGAAACAAAAGCGACAAAGGGAGAGGCGAGUCAAAGCCCCUCGCUUGUGGCCAAAAGCGUUGGAAGGGCAUCUGGUGUUGCAUGUUCUGCAGCCCACGAAGACGGAACGUUUGGCAGUCUCCGACUUAGCAGCAGCGGCCCUUCUGGUCUUAUCGAGGAGGCUACGAUGGAAGGUGCACGUGAUGAAGUGAUGGCGCCGAGUCACGCGGGCGAUUGUGCCGGAGACUCUGCAGAGGCCAAAAAAAUGAUUCUGGAGGAGGGGGCGGAACAGGCAGGUGGGAAGAACGUGAAUGGCACAUCUCACGCCGAUGAAAAGGAGAGUGAGGUACGUGUUUUUGUACGGGAUCACAUGCGCAAAAUUGUCAAUGUGAAACGUCUUCAUUCCUUUGCGCAGCUGAGGAACAAGCUGCCGCGGUGGUUGUUCUAUGGUAUCCAGCAGUCGGGGUACAUAAAACCAACUCUUGUACAGUCGGUGGCCAUUCCGCUUUUUAUGGAAAGGCGAGAUGUCGUGGGUAUCGCCCCAACGGGGAGUGGCAAGACGGUGGCAUUUGCACUGCCAGCCCUUGCUGCCCUGCCGCCACCUGAUAGCCGUGGAAAUCACGAGAGCAAUCGUGGGAAUGCGGACAAUCCCGUGGUUGUGAGCCCCAACGUGUUGGUUCUAUGCCCCACGCGGGAACUGGUGCAGCAAACGCGGAAUGUUAUCUCCCAACUGGCAGGGAAUGCUGUGCGUGUGAAGGGGGCCUUCGGCGGACAGGGUCGGGAGCAGCAGAUGGAGCAACUGCGGCGAUGGGGUGGCUGCGAUGUCCUUGUCUCUACUCCAGGGCGCCUCUGCGACUUUGUGGAGGCCGAUGUUGUGAGUCUAGAGCAUGUCGGCUUUCUUAUCCUGGACGAGGCAGACCGCAUGUUGGAGCUUGGCUUCGCCCCACAGUUGGAAUUCAUCAUGUCAACUAUCCGAAAAUUCAAGCGGCCACGGCAAACGACAAUGUGGACUGCAACGUGGAACGCCACGGUUGGUAGUUUGGCCUCGCGUUUUUUAAAGCCAGAGCGCGUGUUUUUUGAGGUGGAUCGUGAGCAUAAAAUGAACACCGACAUCACACAGAACUUGUAUCCUCUUAAAGAUCCCUCGCAGCGCAUCCACGCCAUUGUGAAACUGUACGAGAAUGCCAUCAUCU